AUGGAACAGUUGAACCAUCUCCCUCCUACAAGAAGACUCGUCACAGGUCACGAUCGAGAUGGAAAGGCUGUUUUCGAGUUCGAUGAUAUACUCGCACCUGUCAAUCCAACCCCGAAAGGCGCGAGGUCCGACACCUCCGCACCUCAACCAGUUGGCGCGACACUGAUUCACCGUACUCGAGAAUAUCCGGUCAAAAUCCAAGGUGGAAGAGAAGAGCUCACUGUGGACAAUAUACGUCGCGGCCAGGGCGAGAAGGGAAUCGUCUGUCAGAUUGUGGACGUUCCUCCCACUCCAGAGGGCACAAAACCAUACUUGCACCGCAACGAGAGUCUCGACUACGGUGUGGUGCUGAAGGGAUCACUACAGCUACUCUUGGACGAUGGAGCUGUCGAGACUCUGAGAGAGGGAGACGUGUAUAUUCAAAAGUAA